AUGUUCCUAAAUGCUCGUGAUGAUACCUUAUCAACGUGGUUCUCAGAAAUUCAUCGGUCGCAUAACAUGAAAUCGACGCGUGAAUGCAAUCCUAUACUGACAUCAUCAUUUCAAAAGACCGACAAGGCUGGUUCACCUCAGAAUGAUGAUUACAAAUAUUCACAACGCUGUUUAUGUGGUGGUAACAGUGGUGAGUUUACAAUGUCCACAUUUUGUGACCUAUUAAAGCCGAAAUCAACAACAUUACCAGAUUUGCAGGAUUCUGAAGUUCAAUCCUAUGUUCCCCUUCCUAUCCCUGCUAGUACAUCAGUUAAUGUUAAUUGUGAUUAUACACAUUCCUCAAAUGUGACAAAUAUCACUGAGUUACACAAGUAUAAUUCAAAUGUACACGAUCAAGAAUUCUUCAAUGGUACAACAACCACUUGA